UUUUUGUAAACGAUGCUGACAACGAGCCAGCAGCAAAAGCUGUCACAGUAGUAACAACAUACCUCAAGAAGAAUCCCAGUUAUGGUAUCUCGAUACAAAUUGACCAAGUUGAGACAAAUAAAACCGACGCUAAAUCAUUAUUGGAGUCAAUUUGUUCAAAGUACGCGGAGAGUAUUGAUCGUAAACAGCCGCCUCAUAUCGUAUUCGAUACUACAAAAUCGGGAAUAGCCUCGGAGACAGUUAAGUCGUUCACACAAGCACUGGGUUUACCUACCGUCAGUGCUUCAUAUGGGCAGGAAGGUGAUUUGAGGCAAUGGCGCGACUUGGAUGAGAGUAAACAAAAAUAUUUGCUGCAGGUAAUGCCUCCGGCCGACCUAAUACCGGAAGUUGUUCGGAGCAUUGUUCGAAAGAUGAAUAUAACAAAUGCAGCUAUAUUGUAUGAUGACACAUUCGUCAUGGAUCAUAAAUACAAAUCCUUAUUGCAAAAUAUACAAACCCGUCAUGUAAUUACGGGAAUUGCUAAGGAGGGAAAGCGAGAACGCGAGGAACAAAUCGAGAAAUUACGAAAUUUGGAUAUAAAUAAUUUUUUCAUAUUGGGGAAUCUAAUGUCCAUACGCAUGGUUUUAGAAUCCGUUAAGCCGUCCUAUUUCGAACGCAACUUCGCCUGGCACGCAAUCACCCAGAGUGAGGGUGAAGUGAGUAGUCAACGGGACAAUGCAACUAUCAUGUUCCUGAAACCAAUGUCGUACGCUCAGAAUCGUGAUCGUUUUGGACGUCUAAAGACUACUUUCAAUCUCAAUGAAGAACCGCAAAUAAUGUCAGCCUUUUACUUUGAUUUGGCGCUUCGCACAUUCUUGGCUAUUAAGGAUAUGCUACAAUCAGGAGCUUGGCCAAAAAAUAUGGAGUACUUAGGUUGUGACGAAUUUCAAGGUGGAAAUACGCCAGAAAGAAAUAUUGACCUUAAGGCAGCGUUUACUAUGCAAGCUCCAUUUAUUAUCAAAGAUGAGACAGCUCCAAAGGGUUACAAGGGCUACUGUAUAGAUUUAAUAAACGAGAUCGCUGAUAUUGUACAUUUUGACUACACCAUCCAGGAGGUUGAAGACGGAAAAUUUGGCAAUAUGGAUGAGAAGGGAGAAUGGAAUGGAAUUGUGAAAAAAUUGAUGGAUAAACAAGCGGAUAUUGGAUUGGGCUCUAUGCAUGUAAUGGCUGAGCGUGAAAUAGUUAUUGAUUUUACGGUACCCUACUACGAUUUGGUAGGCAUUACCAUCAUGAUGCAGAGGCCACAAGUCCCAAGUUCCUUAUUCAAGUUCCUGACGGUGCUUGAGACGAACGUUUGGCUAUGUAUUUUGGCUGCUUACUUCUUCACUAGUUUUUUAAUGUGGAUCUUCGACCGAUGGAGUCCUUACAGUUAUCAGAACAAUCGUGAAAAAUAUAAAGAUGAUGACGAGAAACGAGAAUUUAACCUAAAGGAAUGUCUUUGGUUUUGCAUGACAUCACUGACACCACAAGGAGGCGGCGAGGCGCCGAAAAACCUUUCUGGCCGUUUAGUGGCAGCAACAUGGUGGCUUUUCGGCUUCAUUAUAAUCGCUUCUUACACGGCUAACUUGGCUGCUUUUUUGACUGUAUCACGUCUCGACACACCUGUGGAGUCUCUGGAUGACCUUGCCAAGCAAUACAAAAUUUUAUAUGCACCGAUAAACGGUUCUUCAGCAAUGACAUAUUUUCAGCGCAUGGCAAAUAUUGAGCAACGUUUCUAUGAAAUAUGGAAAGACUUAUCUUUGAACGAUUCACUUUCACCACUGGAGCGCUCGAAGCUUGCAGUCUGGGAUUACCCAGUUAGCGAUAAAUAUACCAAAAUGUGGCAAGCUAUGCAAGAAGCACAAUUGCCAGCAACCCUGGAAGAGGCGGUAGAACGAGUUCGAAGUUCUACAUCAGCUACGGGUUUCGCCUUUCUCGGUGAUGCUACAGAUAUUCGAUAUCUGGUUAUGACAAAUUGCGAUCUCCAAAUUGUGGGCGAAGAGUUUUCACGCAAACCUUAUGCCAUCGCAGUUCAACAAGGUUCCCAUCUAAAGGACCAAUUCAACAAUGCAAUUUUAACUCUACUCAACAAGCGACAGCUGGAAAAACUAAAGGAAAAAUGGUGGAAAAACGAUGAAACCCAAGCUAAAUGUGAUAAGCCUGAGGAUCAGUCCGACGGUAUAUCUAUACAUAAUAUUGGCGGCGUUUUUAUAGUUAUCUUUGUCGGAAUCGGAAUGGCCUGCAUUACACUUGUGUUUGAAUACUGGUGGUACAAGUACCGUAAGAACCCACGUAUUGUUGAUGUAAUUGAAGCAAAUUCGGGUGGAAAAGAUGGAAAGGGUGGCGAUGGAGUAAUUCUCGGGCAAACCGGAAAAGAGUAUGAUAAAAGUGGAAAUACUGUACUUCGGCCUCGCUUCCAGCAGUAUCCAGCGACAUUUAAACCUCGUUUUUAAAUGCCGUAAACCCUCUCACUGGGUCUGUGGGAAGUGAUAACCCGCAAUUAGUUCUUACAAGUGUUAUAAAUACAUACAUAUCUACAUAUGUAUGUAAUUUGCUUUUCAAACAAAACUUUGCACGCACAAUCUUUUUAUAAAUCUCGAUGGUGUUUUAAAUGGCAUACACAAGAGCAUACACGCAAACGAAAAUGUAAUAAAAAUCGUAAAUAAAUGGUUCAAUCAGAAGAAACUGUAGUUUACCUAUUGUUAGCGUGCAUUUCCACCACCACAACAGAAACAAGUAUUCAUCUUUGGGAUGCAAGUCAA